AUGCUUCACCGUCGUCAGACGACCCUGGAUUCAAUGCCACCGCCCCAGAUCAGUCCGGAUGGCUUCCCCAUCUACAUGGAGCCUCCUCAUUCCGACGCUCCCGACGUGGGAGCCAAGGUGAACUUCUUGACUCGUCUGAUGCACAUUCUCAUGUGCAAGUGCACGAAGCGCUACUACAUGGCAUGGAUGUGCUCCCUGGGAUUUAUGAUCACCUUCGGUAUCCGUUGCAACAUGAGUUGGGUCACACUCGCGAUGGAGCAUCACGCCCACCUCCCCACCGCGGAAAUCGCCAAACUUGGGAAGGAGAUCAAUGUCACAACGACCAAUUCAAAUACCAGUGGUCAACUGCGACAUAGCAUGCCUGCACUGGACACUGAAGGAUUACUGGAAGAAGCACACGACGAGAGUGGCACUGGAAACCGUUUGGCCGUUCGUCGCGCUCAGUGCCAGUCCGCCAUCCUCAGACAGAACGCAGUCAAGUGCUGA